AUGCGCCAAGCACUUGUACACGACACUAGGAACAAAAACCCAGACGCCGAGAGAGACACCUACAAGGUAACCGGCUGGAGCCGCUCACAAGGCGGCAACCGAAGAGUCACGCCCAGCGAGGAAGAUUCAGAGGUAACUAGCAGCUUCCUGGAGAAGCGCUUGCCCAACGGUGACGUUUACAUGGGGAGUUUCUCGGGCAACGCGCCCAGCGGAUCGGGGAAGUAUCUGUGGAGAGACGGGUGUAUGUACGAGGGUGAGUGGAAGAAAGGGAAGGCGUGCGGGAAGGGGAAGUUCUCGUGGCCUUCAGGUGCCACCUACGAGGGGGAAUUCAAAUCGGGUCGGAUGGAGGGGGUUGGGACCUUUACUGGAUCCGAGGGCGAGACGUACUGCGGGUCGUGGAGCUCCGACAGAAAGCAAGGGUACGGCCAGAAGUGUUACGCGAACGGGGACUUCUACGAGGGGUUGUGGAAGCGGAACGUUCAGGAGGGGGAGGGAAGGUACGUGUGGAGAAACGGAAACGAGUACUGCGGGGAAUGGAGGAACGGGGUGAUUUGUGGGCGGGGUUCGCUGAUUUGGGCCAAUGGGAAUCGUUACGAGGGGCAGUGGGAGAACGGGGUUCCCAAGGGGCAAGGGGUUUUCACUUGGCCCGAUGGGAGCUGCUAUGUUGGGUGCUGGAACAAGGACCUCAAGGUGCACCAGCUGGACGGAACUUUUUACCCCGGCACUGGUGAUAAUUUCACUGUCACUAUGAGGAAGAGGUCCUCCGUUGACAGUUCCAGAGGGAGUUGUGUGAAGAGUUUUCCCAGGAUUUGCAUCUGGGAAUCGGAGGGUGAAGCGGGGGAUAUAACCUGUGAUAUCAUCGAUAAUGUGUCCUUGUUGUAUCGGGAUGGGAAUGAAACCGGGUCGGAUCGGGGACAUAUUAAGCCGUUUCGACGGAAUCCUUGUUGUUUUACCGGUGAGGUGAAGAGACCGGGCCAGACUAUAUCCAAGGGACAUAAGAAUUACGAUCUUAUGCUUAAUCUGCAAUUGGGAAUAAGAUACUCUGUUGGGAAGGAAGCUUCCAUUUCGCGAGAGCUUAAAUCGAGCGAUUUUGAUCCCAAGGAGAAGUUCUGGACUAGGUUUCCCUCUGAAGGAUCUAAGAUUACGCCACCACAUCUAUCGGCGGAGUUCCGCUGGAAGGACUACUGCCCUAUGGUUUUUAGACAGUUGAGGAAGCUAUUUCAGGUGGACCCAGCUGAUUACAUGUUGGCCAUAUGUGGGAAUGAUGCCCUCAGGGAGCUUUCCUCUCCGGGGAAAAGUGGAAGCUUCUUCUACUUGACUCAGGAUGACAGGUUUAUGAUAAAAACCGUGAAGAAAUCCGAAGUCAAGGUGCUUCUUCGGAUGCUCCGAAGUUAUUACCGACAUGUUUCUGAUUAUGAGAACUCACUUGUUACAAAGUUCUAUGGAGUACACUGUGUCAAACCAAUUGGAGGCCAAAAGACACGCUUUAUUGUGAUGGGCAACCUUUUCUGCUCGGAAUAUCCAAUCCAUAGACGAUUUGACUUAAAAGGAUCUUCCCAUGGUCGUACAACAGAUAAGACCAAGGAGGAAAUUGAUGAAACCACCACCCUUAAGGACCUGGAUCUCAAUUUUGUGUUUCGUCUACAAAAAAAUUGUUUCCAGGAUCUCAUCAAACAAAUUGAGCGGGACUGUGAGUUCUUGGAAGCCGAGGGAAUUAUGGAUUACAGUCUCUUAGUCGGUCUUCAUUUUCGUGAUGAUAAUACAUAUGAAAAAAUGGGAUUGUCACCGUUUCUUUUGCGCACUGGAAAGGGGGAUUCCUAUCAGAGCGAAAAGUUCAUGCGUGGUUAUCGCUUUCUUGAAGCAGAGCUGCAGGAUAGAGAUCGGGUUAAAUCUGGUCGGAGAUCAUUGAUUAGACUAGGAGCCAAUAUGCCUGCGAGAGCAGAGCGCUUGGCUCGGAGGAGUUAUUUUGAUCAAUACUCCCCUUGUUGCAGCGGUGAAACAUACGACGUUGUUUUAUAUUUUGGGAUUAUUGACAUUUUGCAAGAUUACGAUAUCAGCAAGAAACUGGAGCAUGCUUACAAGUCUUUACAGGUUAACCCGUCAUCAAUCUCAGCCGUUGAUCCGAAGCUCUAUUCAAAAAGGUUCCGGGAUUUUGUGGGUAGAAUAUUCAUUGAGGACUGGUAA